AUGCUUAAGAGAAGGGAUUUCACAUUCAUCUCUGUUACACGUGUGUGCGUCGAGACUAAAUUUAGGCAAUGGAAAGUUGCAUUUAUAAUUCUUCUGUGCCUCGGUUUAAUCGCAGGCGUCCCAAUCGGCAUAUUAACAGGACGUGAACGAGAGUCUUACGAAUACAAGCACGCCGCAGUGGCUUCAGAUAACGCAGAUUGUUCUAGGAUAGGCAAAGAUAUUUUGAAAAACGGAGGAAAUGCCGUGGAUGCAGCAAUCGCAAUAAUGCUGUGUAUCGGCUUAUAUCAUGCACACAACGCCGGGAUAGGAGGUGGCAGUUUUAUGGUUAUUAAAGAUACGGGGGAGAAAGGCCAAAUAUUUGCGUAUGACUUCCGCGAAGAAGCACCCGGACGAGCCAAUGAGACCAUGUUUGUAAACGAUACAACGGAUGCAUCGGUCCUCGGUGGACUAGCUAUCGGUGUUCCCGGAGAGGUGAAGGGUUACUGGACUGUUCACCAAAAACAUGGUCGUUUGCCAUGGAAGGAUCUGUUUGCUCCAAGUAUCCAACUGGCACGGAAUGGGUUCAUCGUUAAUAGCAUCCUCGCAAACGCCAUCCUGUCAAAGAAGGAAAUCAUUGAGCAAGAUCCUAGCCUAAGUGAGGUAUUUGUAGGCCCCGAUGGAGAAAUUCUGAAGGAGGGGGAUACAAUGACCCAACUGAAGCUUGCACGAACGUACGAGAGGAUUGCAGAGGGCGGAGAAAGAGCAUUCUACAAAGGAGAGUUAUCAAAGGAUAUACAGAAAGAUAUUCAAGACAGAGAUGGAAUUAUCACAGCUGAGGAUCUCAAGAACUACUCGGUUAAGGAGCGGAACACAACAUCCAUCACCAUUACGGCUGAAGAGAAAACGCUACGAAUGUUUUCUCUUCCGCCGCCUGCAAGUGGAGCGGUACUUUCUCUGAUACUCAAUAUCCUGGAUGAAUAUAAUCUUAAUGUAAAUAGUUAUGAAAAGGAUACUGUAAAAACGUAUCAUCGUAUCGUAGAGGCAUUCAAAUUCGCGUACGCUAAACGGUCAGCGCUGGGUGAUCAGGAUUAUGUCGACGUUAAAGAGCUCGUCGAAAAUAUGACGUCAGAUGUAUAUGCCAAAGAGUUGCAACAAAUGAUAACAGACUAUACGCAUAAUACUUCAUACUAUGAACCACAUUUUGGAAACGUGGAGGACCAUGGGACAUCCCACCUUUCAAUUGUCGACGAAAACGGAAUGGCAGUGGCAGUAACAAGUACAAUUAACACAUAUUUUGGAUCUAAAGUUCGAGGGACGCGGACCGGCAUUAUAUUCAAUAAUGAGAUGGAUGAUUUUUCCACACCUGGUACGGUGAACACGUUCGGAGUUCCCGCGUCACCCUCUAACUUCAUCAAGCCUGGAAAAAGACCCAUGUCCUCUAUGUGCCCUUCUAUAAUUCUAGAUAAUUCAAAUAAGGUACAUUUGGUAGUGGGAGCAUCAGGCGGCACCAGGAUAACAACCGCAACCGCGCUGGUUACCAUGAAUACCUUGUGGUUUGGUAAAAACGUGGAGAAUGCAAUCAAAGCACCAAGAAUUCACCACCAACUGGUCCCAACUUAUAUAGCAUAUGAAGAAGACUUUAGCAAGGUAAGAGGUCUAGUUAUAUGCCAAAAGUGGUGUAAUCACUGCAGCUGGUUCAGACAAGAUAAGUUAGACACAUUACUCAAAAAAAAAACAUUGCUACAACCAUUUUCAGUGUGA